AUGGCACCCUCCAAGAUUGAACUCGAGAGACAGGACAGGGCCCGCGAUGCUGCCUUCAACAAGGCGAUGCACGGAGAAACUGCCCAGUCCACAGGUGGUUUCCGCGCCAUGAUUGGCAAGGGUGGUAAGGGCACCGAUGCUCAGAGAGCUGCUGUAGACGAGUACUUCAAGCACUGGGACAACAAAGAUGCCAAGGACGAGACUGAGGAGGACCGCGCUAAGCGAACAGCCGAAUACGCCACCUUAACAAGACAUUACUACAACCUUGCUACCGACUUAUACGAAUAUGGUUGGGGUCAAUCCUUCCAUUUCUGCCGAUACUCUCUAGGCGAGAACUUUUACCAAGCCAUUGCCCGACAUGAACACUACCUGGCGCACCAGAUCGGUAUUAAGGAGGGCAUGAAGGUACUAGAUGUUGGUUGUGGUGUUGGUGGCCCUGCCCGAGAGAUUGCCAAGUUUACUGGUUGCCAUAUCACUGGCUUGAACAACAACGACUACCAAAUCCAACGCGCCACUCACUACGCCGCGAAAGAUGGUCUCUCGAACCAGUUAAAAUUCGUCAAGGGUGAUUUCAUGCAAAUGGACUUCCCCGACAACAGCUUCGACGCUGUUUAUGCCAUCGAGGCUACCGUUCACGCGCCCAAGCUUGAGGGUGUCUAUAGCGAGAUCUUCCGAGUGUUAAAGCCCGGUGGUGUCUUCGGUGUGUACGAAUGGCUCAUGACGGAUGACUACGACAACAACAACCUAGAACACCGUGAGAUUCGCCUUGGUAUUGAGCAGGGUGAUGGUAUUUCGAACAUGGUUAAGAUCUCGGAAGGUCUCGAAGCUAUGAAGAUCGCUGGUUUCGACUUGUUACAUCACGAAGAUCUUGCUGACCGCCCCGACCCUAUUCCGUGGUACUGGCCACUUGCUGGUGACUGGAAGUACAUGCAAUCAGUAUUCGACACGUUCACUAUCGCACGGAUGACAUGGUGGGGUCGCACGCUGGCGCAUAACUUUGCAGCCUUCCUGGAGCUGACCCGUUUAGCCCCGGCGGGUACCAAGAAGACGGCGGAUAGUCUGGCUCGCGCAGGUGACUGCUUAGUUGCCGGUGGUGCUAAACAUCUCUUCACACCUAUGUACUUGAUGGUUGGAAAGAAGCCAGAGCAGAAGUAA